CUAGCCCCAAUUGUUACAACUUACACUCUUGCAGCGUGCCCUCCAUUCCAGCUCCAACUUUUGCAGACUUGCAGGUCCUCCAGCCAUCCAAGCUCCAGCCUCCAGCGGACCAGCUCAGCAGGCGACAGCUACAAGUCUUGGAAGUCGGAAGUUGGAAGCAAGGCUUGUUGACGACAUUGAGAGUGAAUCAUUUGAAUUUUGAAGGUUUUGGGGAUUUCAAUUUGAAUAAGUCACAAUGGAAAGUCAAGGAAGCAAGAGAGAAAAAACUUUGUUUUCAUUCUUUAAACCAAGAGAAAGUGCAUCAACCAGUGAAGGGCAUUCUCCAUCUAAUGUUGAUAUCUCAAAUCACCAACCACCCCUUUCCAAAUCUCGAAGAGUUGAAAUUGAUCUUAGUACUCUUGAACGGGAUCCUGGGAUUCGGAUCCCUAUAUGGCAACAUCCCGUUAAUCAACGAGAUGAAAUUAGGAGAGCUUAUAUCAAAAUGGGUCCGUAUCAACCUAAGUUGGCAGAGUACCGAAGGACUAAAUCAGGGUCACAAAACCGUAAAUUUCAAUAUUCGUGGUUUGAAUGCUUUCCUUGGUUAGAGUACUCUCCAUCAAAGGAUGCAGCAUUUUGUUUUCCAUGCUUUGUUUUUCAAAAUAAAGUGCCUCUCCAUCCUGCAUUCAUUACUGAAGGAUUUAAUAGUUGGAAAAGGGUUAAUGAUGGAGUUAGAUGUGCAUUUUUGAUGCAUGUGGGAGGUCCUACUUCACCACAUAGGACUGCAGUGAAAUGUGUUGAAGACUUAAUGAAAGUAACUGGACAUAUUGACAAAGUGUUGAAUGCACAAACUGUAGAAGAAGUUCAGAAGAAUCGGUUGCGACUUACGGCAACAAUUGAGAGUAUAAAGUGGCUUAGCUUGCAAGCUUGUGCAUUUAGAGGUCAUGAUGAAUCUCAAACUUCUAGCAAUCGUGGUAAUUUUAUAGAGAUGAUAAGACUUAUGGGCCGAUUGAAUGUUAACAUCGGUGAUGUAGUCUUAGAUAAAGACUCGAUGACAGUUUGCCAACACUAUCAUUUUGAUGUGUUUAAUUCAGCAAUAGAUUUUCAGCAUGAAGAGUUGAAUUCCAAAUUUAGUGAUGGAGCAGUGGAACUCCUUAUACUUAGCUCUGCUUUAGAGCCGAAGGACAAUUUUAAAUCAUUCAAAGUUGAUGAUAUUUGCAAGCUUGCUGAGAAAUUUUAUCCAGAAGAUUUCAGUGAGCAGGAAAUGCAUUAUUUGAGAUGUCAGCUUAAUCAUUAUAAAAUUGAUGUGCUCCAUCAUAAGAGCUUUCAAAAUAUGUCUACCAUGACUGAAUUGUGUCGCGGAUUAGUUGAAACAAAACGAGCAUUUUCAGCUAUGAAACAUGUUAAAACUGCUCUUCGCAAUAAAAUGGAAGAGGAGUUUUUAGCAGAUUCUACGAUGAUUUACAUCGAACGAGAGCUUGUUGAAGAUAUCGAUUCAGAUUCGAUAAUAGACGAAUUCUAUUCUACAAAGCAUCGAAGGCUGCAGCUUAAAUAGUGUGUUUUGUUUUCAUUUUUUCUUAUAUGUUUAUGUACCUUUGAACAUUGCUACUAUGUAUGAUUUUGAAUUGAUGAUUGAUCUUGGUGGAACAACUUUUAGUGUAUAUGAUUGAUACUUGGUAGCCCAGGAUGGAAAAAAUUCCUGCCUCCGCCCUUG